AUGGGCGGCGCAGAGGAAUAUCUCCCCGCGCCUUUCAAGCCGGAAGAGAUCCAGGCACUGCUAGACACGAUCUCGCUUGGACGGCCAACAUCCAUCAACUCGCUCAAAGCGAGCGCAGCAUUUCAUGCCAUAUACAUCCUCACAUACGAAGCCAAGAAUCUGCCAGCUGGGCUGAAGACACUAUAUGAUACUUCAUCACCAUUCAUUGACCUCGUACUUCGCAUCUCCGGCGACCAUGUCCCUGCAAUCAAGACAGAGAACGAGGCGGCCACACUUUCUUGGAUAUCACAACACACCAGCAUCCCAGUGCCAUCUGUCAUUUGCUAUGACACGACAACAAACAACCCGUUAAAUCGCGAGUACAUCGUCCUGACUCGCAGCCCUGGCGUAACCCUAUCAGACGUCUACGACUCCCUGACGCAAGAACAGCUCGACGAUAUCUGCAGGCAAUUACUAAAGUUCCUUGCCGAGAUUCAUCAGCACUCCUUCGCCCAGAUCGGCGGCCUAAUGCACUCGCCCACAAACCCAGAAAAUAUCAUAUCCGGCCCGAUUCUAGACGAGCAUUUCUGGUUCACCCCCGACGUCAAACGCUACUUCACCACCACAGACGAGACAUUUGAGACACUUAACAUCCGCGGCCCAUUCACAUCCUACACAAACUUCACCAUCGCCCUCAUGGAGAAAUACAUACACGCCGCCUCGGUCCAAAAGGAUCUCACAUUCAUGCGCCAACACCUCCCCCGCCUCCGCGCCUUCUGCAACAUCCUACCCACUUUCGCCGCGCAGCUCGACCGCACCCGAAUCCGCCUUGCACACAAGGAUCUACACUUUGCCAACAUGCUCUACGACCCAUCCUCGAACCGUAUUACGGGCAUUUUAGACUGGGAAUUCGCAUCUACCGUACCCUUCCAGAUCUGGGAUCCCGUGCGCGCGUUUCUGUGGAAUGCGAAACCGGGCGACGAGUCAUACACGGAAAAGUAUCGAUUGCGGGAUCGGUUCGCGGAGAUAUGCAGGGAGGAAGAUGCCAUGUUUCUUGUUAAUGAUGCCAAGUUUACGAGUGAUAUUCAGGAGAAGAUGCAUAAUGUGUCGAAUAUGAUGCGGAUUAUUGUGACUCUUAUACCGCGCGGGCAGUUUGUGGAUCGUGCGCCGGAGUUUGUCAAAACGCUGCUUGAGAAUUUGGAGGCUUUUGGGGUUUAG